GGGCUCGGCGUGAGGACCAAGCGGCUGUGCCCCAGCCCCGGGCCGCCGCCGGGCCCGCCUGCCCCGCUGCCCCAUGGCCGUGCCCGUCUUCUGCAACUCCUGCCUGGGCGAGCCCCGCGCCCCCACGCCGCGGUUCCUCUUCACCAACUGCGGCCACGUUUUCUGUGAGGUUUGCCUGCAGAAAGGCAAAAAAGAUGAAUGUCUGGUCUGUAGGAGGGCUUGUCGAACCUUAGUCCUUUCAAAAGAGACAAGUGCUGAUAUUCAAUCACUGUUCAUGCCAAUAGAUGUGUUAAGCAAGAAAUAUUCAAAAGAAAUAUCACAGGUAUCAGAAUUUCAAGAAAAAUAUCGUAAGCGUUUAUUAAAAUACCACAAACAAAAGAUAGCAAAGCUGGAAGAGUCUCUCAAGAAAGUAACACAACAAAUUCAACAGCUGCAAUGUGUGAAGCCUCCUGAAAACACCACAGCUCUGCCAUUUUCCAGUUCAAGCAGAAAUCCAUCCAUUGCUUCAAGAAAACAGAAUGUUUAUUCUUCAUAUUCUCUUCAUUCGAGUCGUCCUUCCACUUCUGAAACGAUGGAGGCAAUGGAGAUUGAUCCUGUACCUUCACCAAUGAGGAAAGAGACACCAACUGGUCCAACAAGGUUAUCACUAAUAACUCCACCACAGGAUGGACACAUGGGGAGUGUCUCCUACAGGACUUCUCAGAUAGCUCUGGUAAAGCCAAGUCAGAGUAGUGGAACAGGAUCUACAAGAUCCACCCCUGUGCAGAGAGCACCACACAGCUCUUGUCCAUCAUCAGCUGGAUCCCAGAGCAGUCAGAGGGGGUCGUGGGCUAAUUCUGUUUUCAGAACCCCUCAGCUGUAUCCAUUUCCAUCACCUUCCCCACAGCUGCCUCUGGCCAGGCAGCCCAUCACCCUCUCUGGCCUUCUGCAGAGACAACAAGGCAAGUAG